AUGACGGUUGCCUCUUGGAAAACUAUCAAGCUUGAGGAAGAGUGGAGACGGUUCCGACUCGCCCAAGAGGAUUUAGAUGACCACGGCGAAGGAGAAUCCACGUUGGAAGCAGAUACGUUACGCACUUACGUAUCUCUGGGAGCUCGCUUGACCAAACUGAUACUGGCUGAGCAACCAUCAACCCGGUCGACUCCCAGCGAUGAGUCAUCUGUGAUCUCGAAUCCAACAGCGAUUAAAUUACCAGAUCUUCGGCUCCCCACUUUCGAUGGAAACUUUGAAAAAUGGAACACAUUUUACGACACCUUUUGCUCAACUGUAGAUCAGAACAUUCUUCUCACGGACGUACAGAAGCUUCAUUACCUACGGUCUGCUCUCAAAUGA